AUGUCACUUUCUGAACAAUCACGUAAAGUUGAAACAAAAUGGGAUCUAGUGAUAAGACAAUUAAGAGAGAAUCAUCGAAAGAUUAUUAGCAAAUCUCAUUGCGAAAUCUCAGUUUUCAAUUCAUUGAACAAAAAAGAAAUUAAAACUAUGCUCAUCUUAUAUCUUAAUGAUUUGAAGCCUGCUUUGAAGAAAUCAUCAAAACUAAGUGAAGAAAUUCGUAUUGAAGGCAAUAAAAUUUUCAAACUUCCUAAUGCAAAUCUUUUUGAAGCUUGCUUUUUAUAUUCCCUCGCACUUAAAUGUUGCUCAGAAAAAGGAGAUUUUGCAUUUUGUCAUGGUAAUCGAGCAGCGGCAUUAAUGAAAAUUGGCUUCAACCAAGUAGCAAUGAAUGACUGCUAUCAAGCACUUAAAUAUCAACAUCCAGAUCCUUUUAAAAUUUAUGAAAGAUUGUGUUCAUUAUCACAUAAUUCGUUGGAGGAAAUGAGAAAAAAUUUAGCCGGCUUAGAAAAGCAUCUAAAGAAAUCUUCAAAGCAGUCAAGAGAAAUAAUUCAGCAUUAUAAGAUUCGUUUAAAAGCUAUGGAAAAGGAAAAGUAUGUUAACGAACUUCCCGAAGUUGACAACCUUUUGUUGGAAUGUAAAGAUGACGUGAAAGUGAAGCAAAUGAUUAAUAGAGAUGUCGGAAGAUAUGUUGUCGCACAGAAGGCAAUUGCAAAACAUGAGAAGAUAUUUAGCGAAUUGCCGUUCGCAUUUAUCCCGGUACAUAAUCAUGGGGUUAAGAAAUACUUCAACAGUGACUGCGAGAACUGCGGUCUUGUUAAUAUCUGGCCUUUUCUUUGUCUCGAAUGUCGCAUGGCGUCUUAUUGCUCACCGAAAUGUUGUGAGGAUCAUCAGAAGAUUCAUAAAUACGAAUGUGAAGGCUACAAAAUCAAUUUGUGGUUUGAAAUUGGAAUUGCGCAUCUUUCGAUUCGAUGUCUACUUGUUGGCUUUCCUUCGCUCCUCAAAAAAAUACAAUCAUUUGAUCAUAAGGAAUAUAAAAAUAAGCCAGAAAAGAUUUUUAAAAGAAUCCUACAAAUCUGCAAUGAGGAACAUCAAAAUUACUUUGAAUCUUCUGAAAAUUCGAACAAUGAUUUUCAUGAUUAUGCAAAAGUCAUUGGACUUGUACCGAAUCUUUUUCAUUGUGGGACAUUUCCAACGAAGAAUAUGCCUUACGCAGUUACUGCCCAGAUGCUGACAAUUUAUUUACGAGACCGAACUUCAUUCUUUCAAGAUCACAUAACGAAAGAAAUAAAUAUUUUGGAAAAGAAUUCCGAUUGGGAUUUAGUUGUCGGUGCAUUGAUUAUGAGACAUAUGGGACAACUUGUUUCAAACGGUCAUGCAAUUGUUGAUUUUCGACAAAAUGUUUUUACAACUGAACCACUUAAACUUAUGGUACUUAGAAAUCAAGCAAAUGGAGGCGGUCUUCAUCUCUUGCUUAAAUCACAACGAGUCUUCACUGGAAUCUUCCCAAAGGUUUCUAUGCUCAAUCAUUCAUGUUCAUCGAAUAUUAGAAACGUGUUUGAAGGAAAAGAAUUGACAAUAUUUUCAAACGACAAUAUAUUGAAAGACGGUGAAAUUUUCAACUGUUAUGGACCAAAUUGCAAGUUGAUGUCAUAUCGAGAAGGUCAGGAUACUUUGAGAUUAAAUAUAAAUCAUUAA